CCACAUAUAUCCCUGAAAAACCUUGACACAGAGCCAAAUCGCUUCCAAACCAUUUUCCCAUCUCUUUGCUUUUCACAAUUAUAACAUUCCUCUGUAAACUGUAGCAUAGCCUCUGUACCACUUAGAGAAUCCAUAGACCUAGCUUUCUUUUAUCGCUAGCAACACACGCACGACACCGACUGAGAGAAAAUCACGGGGAGCGAUAACCUUCGGCCGGUCCACCGCUCGUUACGCUUUUCUUCGGCCAAGACGUGUCGUCGCCUGUCCACACAGAUCGACAAGCAUAAUUUAAAAAAAAUCAACAAGGAAGAUCAUCGAAUCCACCUACCAUUUCGAUACAAAAGGCAAUACCGCUGCAACGUGUGCCAGCUGGGAACGAGGUGUAGGCGAGCGCAUUUUGUCUUUUUGUGCACGAAACAUUUUGGUGAAUCGGCAUAUCACCUGAGAUUGAGGUGUUCAAGCGGCGGUCAUCUAUAACACCUGCAUAAACCCGCUGCAGAGACCAGAGACACCCGCGACUGCUCUUUCCCGCCACCUCUGCCCCCCCCCCCCCCCACAACACCCACCAUGAGAAUACCACUAUUCAUCUUGACAUUCCUCUUCUCCCUCUUCUCUCUCGCCACCACACCUGUAGCAGCCGACAGCGGUGUUCUUUACACCGACGCUGUCACCUACUGUGCCGAAGCCAAGGCGGUCAUCGUCGACGAGUUUGACAUUACCUAUCACCGCUCAAACGGGUCCGUCACAUUCUCAUUCUCAUUAGCCUCGGUCGAGUCAAAUUUAAAUACCUCGGUCAAUUUGUAUAUCAAUGCCUAUGGUAUCCAGAUCAUCAACCAAACUCUGGAGCUUUGUGAACUCCUCCAGGGAGUGAUCUGUCCAUUGCCCCAAGUCAAUUUCACCGGUUAUGGUACCUAUCCCAUCCCCGAGGAAUAUCUUUCCAAGAUCCCAUCUAUCGCCUAUACCGUUCCCAACAUUGAGGCGUAUGCCCGUGUCCAACUCAUUCGCGUGGAGAACAAUGAAGUCGCCGCUUGUCUACAAGCGACAUUGGCCAACGGCAAGACCGCGCACCAAAAAGGCGUUAUAUGGGCAUCCGCCAUGUUCACACUCGUAGCCUUCCUCGUUGCUAUCUGGCAUACCGCCUCGGGUACUUCCACAUCACCAAUACAGUACCGGUGGUUUGAUAUCCUGUUCAUCUUCCAAGCUGCAGCCGCAUCGGGCCUGCUGCAUCUCAAUUACCCGCUCGUGUAUACCAAUUUUGUCCAAAACUUUCACUGGGCAUUGGGAUUGUUUUACUCUUCAAAUAUGCAGAGUAGCAUUAAGAAAAUGAGAGAAAAGACGGGCGGAUCGAUGGAUUCGACUGCGUACUCUGACGUACAAUACAUCAACCGCAAAUUAUCCCCAUACAACGUCUACAUGUCUAACGAUGGCAUUCUAUCUUCCCCCGAAAGUCUCGCAGCUUUCUUCAAGGAGAAUGCUCUUAGCAAAAGAAGUCUGGAGCAUUUCGCCAAGCGCGCCACUAUCCCUUCUGUUUUGCCGCAGAACGUGACCACCGAUAUCAACACUGGUCUCCCAGUUUACACCAACACCCUGAAGAUCCCCGAGGCCAACGCUUACGAUACCAUCUGGUUCGUCUUCCUUGCGCUGAUCGGCAUCUUUGUCGCUUUCCACGUUUUGCUCUUUGGCAUCGUGUUUUUAUUCGACCGUAUGGGCAGGAAUAGGUCUCACCUCGGUUGGGCGGCAAGGUUGAGAAGGAUGUGGUGGCCUUUCUGUAUUGGUAACUCUUUGCGUUUGUGCCUUAUCGGUUUCUUCCCCAUUUGGAUCUUUGCCUUUUGGCAAUUCCACAUUGGCGACUCUGGUCUUUCCAUUUUCUGGGCUGUAUUCGGUAUUCUCCUCACCCUCGUCCCUCUCGCCACAGCCUUCGUACUCUCCCUUCUCCGUGCUCGACGAAUCUCAUCCACGUCCCCCGAGAUAAACUCGCUAUACACUUCUUUCCGCUACUUUCACUCUAUCGGUGUGCUUUACCGCCAAUACCGCCAGAAAUUCCACUAUUUUUGGUUCGCCCCGUUCAUACUCGCCAUGAUCGCCCGAGCAGGCUUUAUCGCGUUCGGCCCUACCUCUGCGUGGGCUCAAGUAAUUGGUAACCUCGUCGUCGAGUUCAUCAUCCUUGUCGCUCUCCUCGCCUGUAGGCCGCACAAGGACAAGAAGGGUGAUUGGCUCGGCGCGUUUUUGAGUCUAUGUAGAUUAAUUGCGAUCGGGUUAUUGAUCGCUUUCAUCCCCGAUAUGAACGUUACGCCCAUCCCGCGUGCGGUUAUCGCAUUCGUAAUCAUCGUCUUCUACGGUGUACCCGUCGUCCUCCUCUUCAUUGGUUUCCUCUGGAACAUUGGCUACGGUUAUCUCUGGUGCAAGCACUCGACCCGGAUCGAAGAUGGUCUCGAGGUCGAACGAUUCUCACCUACCUCAUCCAAUUCUUCCGUGCCUCCUCCAAUGAUGAAGAACAUCGAUGCAGCGACAUUCGUGUCUUCCGAUGGUGCUGCCGCUUCUCGAGGUUCACUUUCCAUGGGCGGCGCCGGUGCGACUGGUGCGGGAGCUGGAUUUGGAGGCGGAGCGGCGGCGGCAGGAGCAGGGUUAGGAAGACGAUCAUCAUUGAUGGAGCCUGUGGGGGAUAACGUAUAUGAGGCAAGCGGGAGUAGCGCGGACGGUGCGCUUUCUUCUCCACCUGUCACAACUUAUAACCCUUACGGGAAAGAAGAAAUUGGAUAUCCAUAUGAUCCACAGAACUCCCAGCUGGCGUAUGAGCAAGCGGCGAUGGGUAGAGGAGGAGUCAAUGGCGCUGGAUCGCCGAUAGAUGAGAAGCAGUGGUCAAGACGGUAUUGAAGUGGGAUAUCAACACGUGCUUGUGUAGUCAGGAAAGGGGUAGUGUAGUGCUUGCUUCUUUUGGGAUCUGUCGGGUCGUGUUCAAAUCGUCAAAUCUAUUUUGCCCCAAUUUUACUUCUCCAUUUCAGAAAAUAUAUAGAAUAAAAUAGAUAUCCAUUUCCAACCUUUUUAUCAGUUUCUCCUGCUCUGUUUUUCUGAUCAUUACAUAUCUAUACAUCUUCAUAGCCCCUAUUCAAGUGGGAAUUUAAGUUGUACCAAGCACAGUUCUUUUCUAGUAGCCUGAAUUCCCUGCAAAUGUAUUUCAAUAGCUAUUUACUGCUCGAAUUUCCAUUGGCUGCUUUUUUUUGGAUCAAGCGUAACGUAUGAUAAAA